AUGGCAAUUGACCAUUUUAAGAAACAAUGUAAAGAAAUUAAUAAAACGUGCAAAAUUUGUGGUAUUUCUUGUCCUGAUCUUCGACAACACAGUUGUUCUUUAGUGAGUAAAUGUGUUCAUUGUAAUGGUGAACAUAAUUCCAAUGCAUUAAAAUGUCCUAUUGUUAAAACUUUUCGAGCUGAAUUAACAAAUAAACUUUUAUCUACUAAAAUCUCGUCAUCAUCGACAGCAGCAACUAAAUUCAACAGCAACAAUUAUCAUUAUCAUCCAGCGAAUUUUCCACCACGUCCUAAUCCGCAACGUUGGACAACAAAUACUAAUACUACAAAUUCAGUAGUAACUAAAAUUGAUGAAUUAAUUAGCAGCAUGGCGAAGGUAAAUAUCUCAUUAGAAAGAAUCAUCAGUAAAAAUGAUCAAUAUGAACAAUUUAUGAGUGAUAAAAUAAAAUUUGAUGAAAUGACCUCAAAGAAAUUAGAUGAAUUGAUAACAACUGGUAAUAAUUUUAAGACUGUUAUUGCUCAACAUCAAUGUAAAAUAACUCGUCAUGAAAAUAUAUUUACAAAGUUAAUAUUUCCUAUAUUGGAUGAAAUUUCAACAUUCCUGUUAACUAUUAACAUUGACAAACAUGGUGGAAUAUUAGAUGCUGAUUUUAAAGUUAAAAUAAAUCGUAUGCGUGCACAAUUGUACAACGCAAGACUAAACAAAGAAAUCUAA